GAUAUAUGUCACCUUAGUGUGUCUGCAAAGAAACAGCUUAAUAACAACAACACGGUUUCAUCAGAAUCAAAAGGUUAGUUUUUGUUACGAUCUCGUUUCGUUCGUUUUUUUCACUCGCAGUGACAAAAGAUAAAGGCAACAACAACCCAAAAACCACAUUGGUGAGCCGGACUAAGAACAUAAUUCAACUAAGAACUACCAUUGGAACCUUCAUCAGGUAUGCUGUUUUUCCUUUUCUCAAGACCUCAGUCGUCAGAUCAUGGCCGAGAUUGGAGUGGUAAAAAUCCCUCCAUACAACUUUUCCGACCCAGCCUUAUGGUUCCACAUUUGCAAUUUUGCAUUUGGAGAUCCUAGCAAAAGCACAUUUGCACUAGGAUCUCCAAAGCUGAUCACGGAAAGUGCCACAAAGUUCAACUACGUAGUGGCCCAUUUACCACCGGAAGUUGCAUCAACGGUUAGAGACAUUAUUAUUUCUUCAGACUGUACAGACCCGUACGGUCACAUAAAGGUGGAACUUAUUAAACGAUCCGGUGAAUCGUCUCAACAGGAGUUACGAAAACUAUUGGCUGGAGAACAGCUAGGAGAUCGCAAACCCUCCGAACUACUACGUGUUCUAAAGUGUCUGGCAGAAAAUUUUCAAAUCUCGGACGCAGUUAUACUAGAAUUAUUCAUACAACACCUUCCGACUUCCGUCCAAUCCAUCCUAGCCGCCAUUACCCCACUCGACGUAGACAAAGCAGCGGAGGUAGCGGACCGCAUGGUGGAAGUAACCCUCGCAACGAUAGCUUCAGUGUCGCAACCUGAGAAACCAGAUACCAUAACCAACAAAAUACUAGUCGAAAUAGAUAAACUUAACAAGCGAAUCGAUCAACUAACGCAGGCAUGUCGGGAUCGCUGUGACCAUUUUUAUCGAUGCUCCUGCAGCAGUUCAGGACAUCGCAACAAUUCAACUCAUUGCAGUAUCAACAACUACUGCUGGUACCACAACCGUUUUGGCACAAAGGCACAAAAAUGUACUCCUCCGUGUAGUUUUCCAACAAACGAGAACGGCGAAGCGUAGAGGCGACAUGCACUUUGCCGGAACAAUCUCGUCGCCUGUUCAUCCUAGACAAGAAAACAAACAUAAACUUUCUCGUCGACACAGGUUCCGACGUAUCAAUAUUUCCAGCCUCCUUGUCUCAAAAGAAGCGUGCUUCUCAAAUUACCUUGAUGGCAGCAAACACAACUGCAAUUCAUGUCUACGACCAAUGAACACUCACUCUUGAUUUUGGG